AUGAAUAAAAGACUUCCUCUAAUUGAACUUCUUGAAGAUUUUUCAAGUUCUCAAAAUGAUAAUGAUCAGACGCGAAAAAUCUUAAAAGAGCGGUGUAUCAAUGCCUCAAAAACGGAGCUAGAUGAAUUCACCAACGAGUUAUCGCAACUUCUGCGCACGUCUCCUCAUGACUACCUAUUAUCACUACAAGCAUUUUUUUCAUAUCUCUACAACGAUUCUUCAGGCGUCAAAAAAUGGCUUCCCAAUUUUGCAUCAAUGAUAAUCAACAAAAUUAUGCUGCCGAACUUGCAUCACUCUGAUAUUAAAAGUUUUGGAUUGAUCCUUCACUAUUGUAUCGAAUUCCUCUGGCGUGCUCGAACUGACAAAUUUGACUCAAAUUUAACCUUAAAACGCGUCUUCCGUACAAUACUUAAUGUGUAUGGUGUCUUUGAAAUUUUGAUAUCAAGUGCCCCUGGUCGCCAUUGUUUCAAGCGCGUUUUAUUCGAUUUCAACUUAAUUAAUCAUAUUGAAAAAGAUGAAAUACUUAAAGCAAUGGAUAUUAUCGCCGCUCUUAUGGAAAAAUGUUAUGAACAUAAAGUAGUUUCACCUCUGCUUUCAGAAGGAUUGUCUACAUACAAGGCUUGCACAUUAUUAUUGAAAACUUUAAGUAUUCACUGUAAUUCAAAACUGACCACCAAGGAAAACUUAGCACCUACUUUGCAAGACAUGGUUAAGCUUGAAAACAAGGAAUGUAGAACAAAAUAUAGAAACGAGAACUCUAGUGACUUUAAUAUAAACUUAUCAUUCUUAUCUACCCAAGACGAACAACAUCUCGCUCUUUUGAAGAUGAAAUUCCCUCAGAAGCUAUCACAUUUACCCAAAUUAUUUCACGAACUAGAACAACGGAAAAUAACUACAUUCCAGGAUUUGAUUGGAUUCAUGCCAUGUGCCAGUUGUCACAAAAGAGCCCUCAUUGAUCUUUAUCCUGAUAAAUAUUCUUCACUCAUGGAACAAGAGAAUGUUGUGGAGAAUGGUAAAAAGGGAUCAAAACAACUUUUAUGUCUUCCAUUUGAAUUUAAUGAAAAUGAUAAUCUUGGGCCUUGGGAUAUUCUACUUAGCGAACAUGCAAUUGGAGACAUUCAGAUAUUAGAGAUAUCUUAUGGUAUCGAAGCAACUGAGGCAGCUAUGAAGAAACUCUGGCAAAUAUCUUCGGGUAAAUGGAACAAGCGCGACCUAAUACGCAAGGUGUCAUCAUUCCGUAAUAUUCCUGUCUAUGAAGUUAAAGUUCCAAAAUAUAAUGGUCUAAAGAUCAUAUGGCAAAUUGAUUAUGGGUUUUCUGUUCGUAGCCUUUCGCUUUCUCAACACGUAAAGAUUUGGGCUAUUACUAGCAAUCAAGAACAAAUUAACUCGAUAUUAGAAAAACUUGAGAUAGUCCAUCAAGUUUACAAUACUGAACAUAAACGUCGGUGUGAAUUCCAACAAAUGAAUGAAGACGGAGUAAUUUUACCGAUAUGUUUUAAGGAUGAGCAGAAAACAAAGUCCAUGGAUGAUGAUCCAGAGAUGGAUGGUGAGAAACUCUUAGAAGUUCAUAAGAUACUUAUUACUAAUAAGUUUUUUCCUUUAUCUAAGAAUUUGAUCAAGUCACUUGUUUUUAAAGGCGCCGAUUUCACUUUCCAGGUUUCCAAGACCGAAUACGAGAUCAUUAAAAAUCCUACUUCAGCAAUUGUCAUUGGUCGAUCAGGGACCGGAAAAACAACGAGUAUCAUGUUUAGACAGAUCUCUUCAUACUGGAUAAACGAACUUAACAAAAUAUCGUCUUUAAAUGGCUAUUGUGAGAAUUUUCGCAAAAGGCAAAUAUUUAUUACAGUUAGUUACAAUCUAUGCCGCCAAGUAAAAGAUUGUUUUCAUGGGUUGCUAGAAGCUGCUGCACUUGCUGGAAAAACGGCUGCCGAGUAUAAGGAAUAUGUGAGGAAAAGAGAUGAAAUCAGGAAUACCAAAGUGAAAGAUAACACGAUACUUGAAGAGGAUGAUGAAGAAGAGGAGUUAAGCGGAAUUCCUGAUUCAUUUCGUCUACUGAAUGAUAAUCAUUUCCCAUUAUUUAUUACAUAUAAAAAGUUUUCCAGAAUGCUUCAAGGGACUUACGGAAUUGAUGCUCGGAAACUUACAGUACAAAAAAAGCAUGAUGCAGAAGAUUACGAUUCAUAUAGCGAUGAAGAUGAGGAAUUUCACCAUAGAUCUUCUGUAUUAAACUUAUCCAAUGCAUCAUGGCAUCACUUUAUCGACUAUAAACUUUUCCAAAAAAAAUAUUGGCCUCGCUUUGGUGAUUAUUAUAGGAAGAAACUGAGUUGUGAGCUAGUUUUUUCUGAAUUCUCUGUUAUUAAGGGAACGAAUCCUGAUGUAGAUCUUUUAUCAAGAGAUGAUUAUCGAACUAUCAGCACGAAGAAAUAUCCCCUAUUCCGAAACAAUCGUGAUGAAAUUUAUGAUUUAUUUGAACGAUACGAAAAAAUGAAAUCAAGAAAUGAUGACUAUGACUCGACUGAUAGUACGCUGGCAAUCUUUCGUCAUGCCAAAACGAAAGAACUUGCUGGCCCGCAUAUUCAUGAAGUAUAUAUCGAUGAAUGUCAAGACAACACUAUUGUAGAUUUGGCGCUUAUAUUGAAACUAUUUGAACGAGCUGAUAAUGUUUUUAUGGCUGGAGAUAUUGCACAAUGUAUUGCCCAGGGAUCCUCUUUCCGAUUUGAGGACUUACAUUCAUUAAUGCAUAAAUGGGAACUUGAUCGAGUUCAAACUAUUUAUAAAUCACCAAAACUAAAACAGUUUGAGCUAGACGUUAAUUACCGUUCCCACAAUGGAAUUCUUCGACUUGCUGCAUCAAUAAUUGAUCUCAUUUCAGAAUUUUUUCCUGAUUCAAUCGACAAGUUGGAGCGUGAACGUGGUGAAAUUGGUGGUCCUCAGCCUAUCAUCUUUCAGAGUGAGACCUCCCUAUUUAAUGUCCUCUCUAAACGUAAAUUCACACUAGGUGCUAGACAAGUUAUUAUAGUACGUGAUAAAAAAACUAAAGAUCGUCUGAAGCCUUUUCGGUUGGGAUCGGUUUUGACUGUUUACGAGGCAAAGGGUAUGGAGUUUGAUGAUGUGUUGUUGUAUAAUUUCUUCACCGAUUCAGAAGCAGGUCGAAAGUGGAGAGUAAUUCUUUUCGCUUCAAGAGGUUAUUCUAAAGGAAUACAAACCUUCUCUCAUGAGAAACAUUAUAUUCUUUGUUCUGAGCUCAAGAAUCUCUAUGUUGCCGUGACUAGAUCUCGCCAGCAUCUUUGGAUUUUUGAUGAUAAUGCUGAAUAUAGCGAAUCAAUGCGGAUACACUGGGAACAUGAGAAACUGGUCAAAGUGCGUCCAUUUAAAGAAUUUUACACUUUAUCUUUUGCUAAAAAAAGCAGUUCUGAUGAGUGGUGUCUGCAAGGGAAAAUUUUCUUCGAACGGCAACAAUAUGAACAGGCCAUCUUCUGCUUUGAGAAAAGUGGAGAUGAAGGUCUUCUCAAACUAGCUUAUGCAUAUAAUCUCCAGGAGAUUGCCAGGGACUCCGUUAAUGAAUCAGAUGGACCUACAAUAAAGUAUAAUUUUGAAUCUGCCGCUAAGGCUUUUAUAGAUUGUUCCCGCCCAGCUAAGGCAGCUCAAUGUUAUAAGGAUAUUCGUAUGUGGCGAGAGGCAGGAGACAAUUUUGUAAAGGCCGAGAAGUAUAAUGAAGCCAUUUUAGCCUAUAAAGAAGCAAAGGGUGGAAUCUUAUAUCCAAUCAUAAUCGAUUUGAUGCAGAGCCACAAGAACGAAAUUGACGAAAAGUUAUUCCGUCGCAUUACCCGUCUUACCAACAUCCAUUAUCGCAAAAAAAAUAAUAAGGAAAUGAGCGAGAAAGCCCUUUCGAUUCUUUCAACUCAAGAGGAACAAAUUGAGCUUCUGAAAGAUCAUGCACCAGAAGAGCUUUUGGAAGUCUAUAAGAAGAAUGGUCAGUUUAAUGACGCCGCCAAAUACUUAAGUUCGCUUGGAAAAUUCAAAGAGGCUUCAGUCAUGCUAAGCGACAAUCUUGAUAAAGAAGAGAAUAAAGAAGAGAAUAAAGAAGAGAAUAUUAUUGAUUCAUUAUGCUACCUUUUACAUUCUUGCAGAGUAAAUAUACUAGUAGUUACGAUGAACAACAAUGAUAGUACCCUAAAAGAAAAAGAGUUAUGUAAAUUACUUAACGAUGCAUUAGAUAUCACCACGAAAGUCAAAUCUCAAUCUUUAAAGAAAUCUGAGAAGUGGCGUAGACUAAUGGAAGAGUUCCAGUUAUAUUUAGCUUAUUGGAAGAGUGACCUAAAUGGUGUUCAUAAAUGCAUACAAUCUUUCCGGAGGCGUAAUGAUACCAUUAUCGAGUUUCGGGCAUUAAAUAUAUGGUUGAAAAUUCCACAAAAGUCUAUUAAUACUGAGUACUGGCAUGAACGAUUACAACAUCUAAUGAGACUCUGCGAAUUAGCCUAUGAUUUUAUAGACCCACGUAAAAAUGUUCACAACAAAGUGAAGAUUAACAAAAAUUUCGAAGAAAUUUUUUUCUUUGAAGAAGUACAAGAUCGCCCUGAUAAACGGAAAAUUUCUUUUGAUAAUCUGCUUGUUUGUCAUUUAAACGAAAUGCAUAACAAAAACACAAUAGAGGAUUUAGAAGAUUGGAAGAUUUAUAGCGUGAAUAUUGUGCAUAAGGCAAUCGCAAAGUUUCUUGCUUCAUAUAUAUAUGAUCUUAUAUCUAAUGCCGAACAAGAGGGUAGAAAUAUUUCAGACAUAGGUCAUAUAAUUUGCAAUGAAUAUGUAGUGUAUAAAAAAUGUAAAAAGCCUGAUUGCCGGAGGCAUCACGUGAUUCCCACGCCAUCAAUUCUUCACAAACGUAUUACGCUUGCAUGUCUUCAGUACACUGUAAUACGACAAUUAGAUACAAUAUAUCAUCUUCACUUGCUUAUUGAGGAAAAAUGUAAAUAUGUUAUGGGUAUACAAAGGUUUUGGGCCGAAAGAAUGGUAGAUUGUCAUUUUCGCUAUCAAUCCCCACAAUCAAGUUGCCCAGAGAUUACUCAUGCAACGAUCAUCAAACUUCCUAGACACACAUAUGAUGGGCUUGUAGGACUCUCUUAUAAAGUUUGGUUAGGUAAAGAUUUUGAUCCAUGUAACUUUGCACAAAUGUUAAAAUGCAUAUUCGUAUUACUACAGUUGCGGUGCAGAUGGGGCAUUAAUAAGUUUAACUGGGAAACAUCACGUAAUAGUUAUAAUUCUAUGCCUGGUUUUGUAUACACUGGCAGCUAUUACGAAUCAGUUGCAAAACGACUUGGUUUAUUCGCAGAAUCUCUCCGCACUAACUUGGUGAUUAGAGCAAUAAAUCAAUCAAAGGAAUUCAUUAAUUAUGCUGUAGAAAAUUCUGAACAAGUUAAUAUAGUUAAGUCUGAAGCUUUUGGUGACCUUAUAUCUCUUAUGGAGUUCACGACGUUUUUGAUUUUAGCUGCUCGUCCUGGAUAUUGCGAUUUUUGCCUUCCCCGAAGUUAUUUGGUUAACGCAUUCAACUUGAACCAAUCCCUUGUACUUCUAAAAGGCAGAAAUAAAUACGAUAGAAUAACCUAUAAUAAUGAAAUCACAUAUUUAUUCUUUCAAGCUAAAAAACUUCUCGAUACGAUGAUUAAUAGGAAUAUGUACUACCAGAACUACCAGAACUACCAGAACUACCAGACAAUUAUCCUUCGGUUGAUACGACUUCUGGCCCUUAUCUGUCUGAAUGAAUCCACUUUAACAUUAAACAUAUUAAAUUAUUUUAAAAGCUUGAGCAAAAUACUGAGAAACGAACCUUACAAAAAAUAUUUGUUAACAGGAUAUUUUGCAAACAUUCUAGAUGAUGACCUUAAAGAGAAUGGCUUUGAUUCACUCGUUAUAGUUUACUACAACUGGGGAGGAAUGUCUAAAUUUUCUUCCUUGGAAAAGUCUGGGAUCACAAAGAUUUCAUAUCGUAGUAUUGAAGAAUUUCGUUCUUCUCUUCAAAAAAUCACGUCAUCAGUAGUAACCGCAGAAAGAGAGUCUUAUACACCAAACAAUCAAAGUUCAUUCCAACCAGCUGACAGCAGUGAACAAAGUUUUGCUUCAAUGCUCGAUGAUAAUGAUGAAAAAGUUGAAGAAGCUCAAGAGACAGCCAUAGCCUGGUUCCGUGAAAUUCACAAUUCUUCCCAGGCUCAAAAAUCAGCAUUAAAAAUCCAAACCUGGUUCCUUCAGAUUCAAAAUCGAGAGAAGUCUCGUCAGUCUCAUUGUGAUCCAAUCCUAGAUAAAAUUUACAAAGAAGUAAAAUUAUUUUGCCAAACCGCAAUGAACAAAACAGUGCGCAAGUAUACCUUUUACUUAAUGGGCCCAACAGUAGAUAUAAUUGUGGACCUUAUUAAACUGCAAGACAGCAUGGAUGAAAAUAAGAAUAAAUUGAAAAAAAUAAUUAAUACUUCUGAUGAACAAGAGAUCAUCGAAAAUUGUUUGGAGCUUGAAGAUGAACUAAAGGACCCCGAUUAUGGGCAUUAUGUGAUUGUUAAGUCAGCGUUGGAAUCAUUAUCAAUAACUGAGAACUCAGAGCGACAUAAAGAAGCAAAUAUUGAAUGGUUAGAACGCGAAUUACAACAAGCGAAGGAAUCGAUUGUUAGGGUUCGGGAAUGGAUAAAAAAUGUAAUGAGGUUAAAAAGAUUAUAA